CAGCAAGAUUCCAUCCCCUAUAUUCACUCGUCCCGCAACCGUUCCCUCUAUAUUUUCCCCUAUAUAUCCCUCUACUCAUUAAAAAACCAUUUCCAUAUAACUAACUUUAACCAACUUCAAUUUUGAUUUUCUUUCAUUAUUUUGCACACGUCCGACAUGUUACGCAUGUAUUCAAAAAUCAAAUUUAUAAAAAAUAAUUACUUUACAAUUACUUCCACAAAAAAUAUAUAACAACUAUUAUUUUACAAUACAUUCGAAUUUGCAUAUUUUCGUGAUGACGUUUUAUCCGUCCUGGGAUAAGAAAUCAAAUAUCCUGCAAACCAAAUUGCACUAGUCGUAUGCGGCAAGCCGCACUUGUCUUGCAACGAAAGACAUGUUUGUCUUUCGUGGGAAGCCACUAGCUUGCACCUGAAGCCGCAUUCCUCUCCCCUAUAUAUAUGCAAUUCAUCUCUUCACAAAUGCAACAACAAACUUCACUACAUCAACAAUUCAAACAUUUCACAGUAUGUCUCACAGCCAUAGCGAUGAAGACUCUUACUCGAGUGAUAGUGAGGACGAAACACUUAUGCUUGUCAAUCUUCUUGUCCUCAACAUAGAGGCCAGACGCCACCUACAACGACGGUCCCGUUUGCCUCGGCGGGUUAUUCAUAGAGAUCAUUUUCGUGGAGAAAAUCUUAUCCAUCAUCACUACUUCGCCGAGAACCCUGUGUAUCCACCCCACGUCUUUCGUAGAAGGUUCCGCAUGAGUAGGCCUCUCUUCCUGAGAAUCUUGCAAGGUCUUCAACAACAUGAUUCGUACUUUACACAACGGGUAGACGCAACUGGUAUGCCUGGUCUAGGUCCACUACAAAAAGUAUGUGCGGCAAUGCGGGUACUAGCAUAUGGGUUACCUUCAGAUGCUGUAGACGAGUACAUUCAAAUAGGGGAGUCGACAGCUAGGGAAUGCCUUCAUCAUUUCUGUCGAGGUAUCAUUGCAUACUUCAGUGGCUGGUAUUUACGAACUCCUAACGAAGCUGACAUAACACGCAUCAUGCACCAUAGCGAAUCAAGAGGUUUCCCAGGGAUGUUGGGUUCUAUAGAUUGCAUGCAUUGGGAGUGGCGGAACUGUCCUACCGCAUGGCGUGGUCAGUUUUGUGGCAGAAAUGGUCGAGCAUCUAUGAUCCUAGAAGCUGUGGCAACGUAUGACCUUUGGAUUUGGCAUGCUUUCUUUAGCAUGCCCGGGACAAACAACGACGUGAACGUGCUCCACCGAUCACCAGUUUUCGACCCCAUGACAUCUGGCCGAAUGCCACCUGUGCAUUACACAAUAAAUGGUAAUGCAUAUAACUUCGGAUAUUACCUCGCUGAUGGUAUUUACCCGAACUGGCCAACUUUCGUAAAAGCUAUAAGGCACCCAUAUGAGCAAAAGAAAGUGUAUUUCACACAAAUGCAGGAAAGUUGUCGAAAGGAUAUUGAGCGUGCAUUUGGAGUUCUUCAAGCUAGGUGGGCGGUGCUACGAGGUCCAGCAUAUGGUUGGGAUCGAAAUCGUUUAACUGAAAUUAUAACAGCUUGCAUCAUAAUGCACAACAUGAUUGUUGAAGACGAAGGGCCGUUUGCAGCUAAUACUGAUUUUGGAGAUAACACUUCAACCAGCCAAGCACCACAACUAAUUGCUGAAGGAAGGGCAGAAUGGGUGAUUAACCACUUCGAUCUUCGUCGCCAAGAAAGAUCGUGCUCCCUCCAAAAUGAUCUUGUCGAGCAUUUGUGGGCUCGGCGUGGAAGCAUGUAAACUUCACCAGUCGUAUGCUAAAGUUUAUUGCAACUUGAUUCUACUAUGUGUAAUUUCCAUUCGCAAGUCCUACGUAUCAGU